GCCUCUGAUAUUUUGACUUAUUUUCUUGAUGCAUGUAGCCUAUAAUUUGUAUAAAGUUCUGUGACAUUAACACGAACACAUAUUAUGGAUAUCAUUAACUUUACCAGCGUUACCUACUUUUUCAAAUAUGGCAUAGGCUGCAGUCGGCUCCGUUAACAGGCUACUGCGAAACAGUUACUUUCCUUCCCUUAGAGGCUAAGUAACAUUUAAAAUCCGCUCUCUUGUGACGCAGUUCUUUCUCUCGUUCCACCUUAACUCGGAUAAUGUAGGAAGCAGGAAGUCCUAGCGGUAGGAGGGACUUCGCACACUGUACUUCCAUGUUGCUUUUGUUGACGAACGCUCCUGGUGUCCUACUUAUGCAUAUAACCAUUAGCGUGUAGCACGAUUUGUAUGGAAACGCCAUCGGCUAACCAGCAUAAAACGUCUACGCUUGUUUAGGGAACAUGGCUGACGGCGGAGAUGAUGGAGACGUGGAUGAGCCGCCCAAUAUAGGUUAUCCCUUGGUCACCAUCUCAGAGCUUCCCGGCAGCACAGCCGCAGGUCGCAAUCUGAAAGAAUGGCUGCAGGAGCAGUUCAGCGAUAAUCCGCUGGAACCAUGUGAGGAUAUGCGUCUCCACAACGCUGCUUACGUGGGAGACCUGGACACCCUCAAAUCCCUCCUGCAGGAGGACACUUUCAAAGAUCGGAUCAAUGAGAAAUCGGUGUGGUGCUGCGGCUGGCUGCCCUGCACCCCUCUGCGCAUCGCGGCCACCGCCGGGCACGGGGACUGCGUGGGCUACCUGAUCCAGCAGGGGGCGGAGGUGGACCUGGUGGACGUGAAGGGACAGACUGCGCUUUACGUGGCCGUGGUCAACGGGCACCUGGACUGCGUCAGGAUCCUGCUGGAGGCCGGCGCUAACCCCAACGGCAGCCGGCACCACCGCAGCACGCCGGUGUACCACGCAGCCCGGGUGGGCAGGGUGGACAUCCUGCGUGAGCUCAUCAGGUUCAACGCUGAUGUGAAUGUGGACCACCAGCUGAUGCCCAGCCCCCUGUUUGGUGCCCGCACCCUCACCUCCCUGGUGGUGUGCCCGCUCUACAUCAGCGCCGCCUACCACCACCUGCAGUGCUUCCGGCUGCUCCUGCAGGCGGGCGCCAACCCCGAUUACAACUACACGGGCCCCGUGAGCAGCGAGGCCCUGGGCAGGGGCCUGGCCUCCUGCCUGCUGGACGCCGUGCUGAAGCACGGGUGCGAGCCGGCCUUCGUCAGCCUGCUGAUCGGGCACGGGGCCAAGCCCGCCCUGGUGCUCUGGGAGGUGCCGGACCCCGACGCCGCGGGCAGGAUGAGGGUCAAUCCGGAGGCCCUGCUCAUCUACCAAGAGGCCAGAAGGAAUCCCCAGAGACUGAGCCACCUGUGUCGCAUCACCAUCCGGAGAGCCCUGGGGAAACAGCGCCUGGCACACAUCCCCUCUCUCCCACUGCCCGAUGCCAUCAAACUCUUCCUGCUACACGAGAGCUGCUGAGGCCUCCUGCCCCCAGCACCCAGCUCCUGCCUCCUGCCCCACACCCACCUCCUCCUCCCCACC